AUCGACACGUGACCCUAUUCCGCCUAUUGAUGGAGGAGAACAAUAUCACAGCCAGAGCACGUCAAUUCGAGACGCAGGUGGCAUUGUUAUGAGACAAUGUUGACCAUUACGGACUGUGUGAUGCACUCCUAAGCCAUUUUGGCGCGAUAGAGUAUCGCUUUCGCCUACUAGUGGAUGGUGUCGAGAGACAGUUCGUUUAAUGAUGCAUCCUAGUUACCUUGAUAGAUGUUUUUGAUAGCGUUUAUUCAUGUCAAUUGCAUGCUAUUGUUCUUAGCGGCAGUGACCAAUCCUUACCAAUUACUCAUUUCACCCAUCCUUUCAUCCUGUUCUUUAAAGUCCGGUCUCCUUUCCGUAGGACUGUCUUUCGUUGCCACAGUGCAUCACAUCUAUACCAAUCUUUUCAUCCUUCUCUAUGACUUCUAGCGCUUAUCAGACCGAAUUCUACUCACAAUGCUUCCACCAUCUGAAUCCAUCCUUCAUCAAUUCCACAAAUUAGCCGAAUCACAAGAAGAUUCCGACCAGACAAACAUCAUUACACCGCCACCUCCAUACUCUUCUUCCGCUCACAAUCCCCAAAAAGAACUUGAAGCCGAAAAUGCCUCCUCUCAUGGGGAAACAGACCAACCCAGCCUCAUAACCAUCCACAUCGACGCAUCAAUGAGCAUUCAGGGCAACGCAAACGGCAUCAUCAUCCCAUCAGUGACAGCACCAGCACCAGCACCAGCCCUCAAUCCCCAGGCAUCACCCGCUCUCAUUCCAUCCUUAACAUCAACCUCCACCGUCCCGCAAUCAACCCCAUACCAGCGCCAUUCCAAAUUAACAGACAUGGCCACAUCCAUCAUCACUGCCUUGCAUCGUACGGGUCAUCUCAAUUCUCCCGAUAACUCCGGUGCAGCAGCAGAAAAUGCAAAUGCAUCAUCAUCGCCAUCUGUUACCCUGAAGAUCAACACCGGGAUCAAAAUCCUGGGAAGUGGGAAUGUAAUCUGCGUGGGGAUGGGUGGACAAAGAGGCAUGGGGAUGAAUGUGCUAAAGAGAACGAGGAGGGCUUCUUCAGAACCCCCGGAGGUAGCUACUAAUGCUGCUAAGAGGGCACGGUAG